AUGGGAGGUUCGUGGCGUAUCCGGCGCGGAUGGUGGAGCACAAAGCCGUGGUGGAGGACGCCGCGCUCUUCACGGUGGCGCUUGAGAAGCUGCACGCGCACAUGGGCACAAAGCUCAAGGUGCCAAUUAUUGGUGGAAAAGACCUGGAUCUUCAUCAGCUAUUUAAGGAAGUCACCUCACGAGGUGGCAUUGAUAAGGUGAAGGCAGAAAACAGAUGGAGAGAAGUAACGGGGUCAUUUAUUUUCCCUGCUACUGCAACGAAUGCUUCUUUUAUGUUGAAGAAAUACUACAUGUCACUAUUAUACCAUUUUGAACAGCUAUAUUUCUUUGGAGCACAAGGCUGGUACCAACAAGAAAGUGACCCCAGAACACUUUCCUGCAUUGAAGUUGGAGCUGAAAGACAAACUACACAGAAAAGAAAAAGAGGCAGCAAUGCUCCUUCAGACCCAGCUUUGUCUUCUGAUGCUGUUGAUGUGGACGUAGUAAUUGAUGGCAAGUUUGAACAUGGUUACAUAGUGACUGUUAUUAUGGGAUCAAAUUCCACAAAAGCAGUCCUCUAUAAUUGCACUGAGGAACCUGCUCUUCCAACUCCGGCACCUACUAUUCCCAUAAACAACAAUGAUUUGAAGGGUAGACUUAGGCGAAGGCGACGCAGGAAGAAGCUAAGCACAACAGACCCCAAACAUCCCAAACCAAAUAGGAGCGGCUAUAAUUUUUUUUUCCAAGACCAGCACAGAAAGCUUAAGCCAGAGUAUCCUGGACAAGACAGGCUGAUCAGUAAAAUGAUUGGUGAACGGUGGAAUAGUCUAAGCACUGAAGACAAAGCAGUGUACCAAGAAAGAGGUGUACAAGACAAGGAGAGAUACCAGACCCAGUUGGCUGCUUAUAGAGAAGAAAUGAGAACAGGUCAGCCUAUCAGCAAUUCUGUGCCUAUUAUCAGCAAUGUGGUGCCUAUCCAGCAGAGAUUUCCUCAGACAGAAGUAACUAUUGAUGAAGUGGACUCCAAGGUCAGUAAAGGAGAUAUGCUGCUUUCCAAUCAAGGGUGCAACGGCAGCGACAAAAGCAAUGAUUCAGGUGGAAGACUUGUUGAAGAUGACGAGCUACACACGGAGACGUCUCCUGAGCUGGGCAUGGAGACAACCGAUUCUCCUGGGCAGCUUGAUCAUCCAGCUCAUGGCGCCCGAUUUGAGCUUCGCAGGAGGGAGAAUCCCAAGGAAAAUGAGAAACUGAACACUCCACCGAACUAAUGAUCAGAAACGACUUUGUGGUGCAGACUGCCAAGUUAAACCGAGAUGCAGGAGAUGCUUCCUGCCUUCGUUGUAGGAUCACGGUGCUGUCCUUUUUCUUACUUAUAUUCUAUGUAUCAGCAUUGCCUUAGAAUCUAACAUGCCCUUAAUUUAUAAUAAUGAUAACAGCACAUGAAUUAUUCCUUUAUUUUUUCA